UGCAGUACAGUUCUGGGUGGACUUCUUUGAACACUCAAGUGCACUAGCCAUCACUGCAUCCUCGGCAAGAACCCAACACAGACGAAACAUGAGCUUCACAGUCGAAGAGAGGGGAAACCCCAAUACAUUGAGCUAUCGUUUGUUUUUCAAAAAUGCUGAUGGAAAGUAUGUCUCCCCAUUCCAUGACAUACCUAUGUAUGCUGAUGAGAGCCAGAACAUUUUCCACAUGGUUGUUGAAGUACCAAGAUGGACAAACGCAAAGAUGGAGAUUGCGACCAAAGACCCCCUGAACCCGAUCAAGCAGGAUGUGAAGAAGGGGAACCUGCGUUACGUCGCCAAUGUUUUCCCCCACAAAGGCUACAUCUGGAACUAUGGAGCAAUACCUCAGACUUGGGAGGACCCCGAGCACAAAGAUGGAGACACUGACUGCUGUGGUGACAACGACCCCAUUGACGUCUGUGAAAUCGGUACCAAGGUGUGUUCGCGUGGUGAGGUGAUCAAGGUGAAGGUACUGGGGGUUUUGGCCAUGAUCGACGAGGGGGAGACAGACUGGAAGGUCAUAGCCAUCAACGUGGAGGACCCUGAAGCUAAGGACCUGAACAACAUCGGUGACAUCCAGAGGCUGAAGCCAGGUUACUUGAAGGCCACAGUGGACUGGUUCAGGAGGUACAAGGUACCAGACGGGAAACCAGAGAACCAUUUUGCCUUCAACGGAGAGUUCAAAGACAAGGAAUUUGCAAUUGAGACAAUCAAGAGCACCCAUGGCUUCUGGAAAGCACUUAUCUCUCAGAAGACCAACUCUGGAGGACUCAACUGUAAAAACACGUGUGUGUCGGCCGGCGACAGCCCCUUCUGCUGCUCCACGGACGAGGCCAAGGCUGUCAUAGAAGGGACAAGCCCUUGUGGAACCGAAGAUCCUAUCCCCUGCUCAGUGGAUAAAUGGUUCUACUAUGAGAAGGCGUAACUUUAAGAUGAUGACUCAAUGGACCAGAAGUGUCUCACCUGUUUAGCAAGCGUACUUGAAGAUAAUAGACUUAAGGACAGUUGUGGCUGAGAAAGAAUAGACUCUUCUUCGUACUCAGAAGAUAAGCGACGAUGGGACAAAAAUAGUUAAAUAAUGUCUUAGGAAAUGUAUUGUUACAGUUAUUUAACGAAGGUCUCAUUGGAGAUGUGCUGUCGAACAGAUAGUACUGGUAGUGUACUUCCUAUAGCUAGCAACUCAUGUACUGUGUGGGAUCAUCUUAAUUGUUUUAAUAAAGCUUUUUCUGUAAAACAACAAUACUAUGAUGGUUUUGUUGGAUAAUGUAAAAAAAAAAUGUAUAACAACCUUCAAUAUUUUAUUUGGUCUGACAUUAUUUUGUAGAAAGUUAUACUCUGUUACCCAGCUGACAUGUAGAUGAGGGCUGAUAUGGUUACACUUUGCUAGAACAGUCGGAACACUGUACUGUGGAAAACGCACGUUUGUAUGUUGUGUUCUUCUGCCAUCUAGUGGUAAUGUUCUAUACCACAGCGCGCUUCCUAAUUACCGUAUGUCAUUCUCUGCAUAGCUGUGCGUGCUACAAUAAAUUGUAUGUGUAUUUUUAGGUUUUAAAAAUAUAUAAACUUUGUUUUGAUGUGA